GGUUGCAGCAGGGCCAGCCAGCGAAGCCAGCCAGACUGAAGGGAGAGAGAGGGAGAGACCAGCCACGCCACUUCAUGUCAUCUUUCCAUGCCACUACUGCUACUGCUAUUACUGCUGCUACUGCUGGCUACGAAGACGGACUGAACUGGACUGACUGACUACUCUGUCGCUGCUGAGGCCAGUUUCCAUGAUUAGAAGAAGAAUCGUUCAGCAGAAAGAAAGAAAGAAAGCAAGGAAGAAGGAAGGAUCUCUCUCUCUCUCUCUCUCUCUCUCUCUGUGUUUGCGUGGCUGCCCUAACGCAUCCCGCCAUCGCCGUUCCCGCCUAAUCGCUGCAGUGCUGGUGUGUGCAUGUGUGCGCGUGCGUGGGUGGCUGGGGUGUUUGCAACGUAGUUGUAGUCAAGUGUUGUCGCUGCUCUACGCCCUAACACUCCCCCUUCGCCUUCCUCCCCCGCUCGCUACCCAUCGUUGUUUCUACCUCGGUGUGGUGCGCGAGUGUGUGUGUGUGGGUGUGUUUGUGUUUGGGGUUUAUUUUAUUUUCUGACGUAGUGUGUAGGUUGGAGGGAACGGGGGUGCGAGACGAGAGUGUGUACGCUAUUCAGCUCUAGUUUAGGUCUGCUUUGUGGGUAUAGAUAAUAUAUUUUUAAUUUGGGUUUGACGUCUUUUUUUAUAGUUUUAUUUCUUAAUAAUAAAGCUUUGUCUUUGGCCCCGCGCUGCCGGCUUGGGUUCUGUGUUAGCAUUCUUUCGAGGAAAGGCGUCGUGAGCUAUUGUAUUUGCCACCUGCGUUGCGGUUGGGAGUUGGGUUCGCGCGCCUCGGUUUGUAAGAGCAGUGAGGGUUUUAGCUUCCAACCUGGAUAUGGAUCCGUACGGACCGCCUCGUAAAAGGCCGCGACCAGAGUCAGGACCACUAAAUGGCAGUAAUGGAACAAACAGUGGGCAUGGCGGAGGAGAUGAUUACAACAAGGAUGGCAGCUCAGGCAACAGGACUAAGCCUUGCACUAAGUUUUUCAGCACAUCUGGUUGUCCAUACGGUGAAGGCUGUCACUUUCUACAUUUUGUACCUGGGGGUGUGCAAAGCAUGGGCGGCCUUGCCCCUCUUGCCAACAUUAGUAGUAUGGGUGGCGGUGGCGCACGCAAGGUUGUCGGCGGGGUAGGACUAGAUGACCAGGGUGCCAACCUCGGUGGUUUUAAGACUCGACUUUGUAAUCGGUUUGAUACACCUGAGGGCUGCCGCUUUUCUGAUAAAUGUCACUUCGCGCAUGGAGAGAAGGAGCUUCGAAAGUCGAGCAAUAAUUUUAAUACACCUUCUGUAGAGAGGGAUUCUUACGCGCGGCAAGAUUACUCAAGAGACCAAGGUCCUUCGUCUGCAUCUUAUCGUGGUGGUAGUGGAUCAGGAAUGUAUGGUACUAAUGGUGGGAGGUUUGGAAGCGGGGGGCCUGGUGGUCGUGACAGAGAAGCAAGUCGGUUUGGAUCUUAUCGGGAACCCACUCCUCCUGGCAUGGCUGCCGCGAACUCUUUUGGGGCCUCGUCUACGGCGAAGAUUAGCAUUGAGGCAUCCUUGGCUGGAGCUAUCAUAGGCAAGGGUGGUAUUAAUGCCAAGCAGAUUUGUCGGCUCACUGGUGCCAAGCUCUCGAUUAAGGAGCAUGAGACUGACGCGGGGUUGAGGAACGUGGAAAUGGAGGGGUCUUUCGAACAGAUCAAGCAAGCUAGUCAAAUGGUGAGGCACGUGCUAAUACAUCGUGACAGCGUUCCAGCUCGUCCCCCAGCUGGUGCUGUCUCUCACAAUUUCAAGACUAAGUUGUGCGAGAAUUUUUCGAAGGGUACGUGUACGUUUGGAGAACGCUGUCAUUUUGCCCAUGGGGCCGAGGACUUGAGGGAUCCAUAUCGGAGCUGAAGGUGUCUAGCGGCUGUUCUGACUUCCGACCAGGUAAUGGAACGGGAGAGGGGAUUGUUGCAGGUUGCUGUAUGCUUUAGUUGUUAAUCAACGCUGGAAAAUGAAGCAAGGAACGGAGUUUAAAUUACUCACCUCUACAAGAUGGAAAUAUCGGAAAGGAACAGCAAACCACAUGACUUUGAGGAGACUGAAGAAAAUUGGUGCUUUUUUACUAAGGAGUUCAAGAGAUGAAAAGCUGUGUAGCCGGUAGUUGAAAAAGUAGUGGAUCAUAGUAAAGCUAUCCAAACUGGAGGAAUGCGUUGCAAUGGGUUGUUAGGUGCAUGUGUUGAAGAGCCCUGAAUGUGGUCUAAUGAGUCGCGGCCACCGAAUUUGUUGCUUGAAAGGCGUUUAGAUAAUUCUAGUGAGUUGCAGAAUUAAUGUAAGGGUCUAAAUUUCAUUAUGAAAGUUGGUUUAGCAACCUGGUGUUAAUUUUGGUAAUUUUGUAACCCAAGUUGGGAGUCGUUAUAAAACAUGAUCGGUUUUGUAAGUUGAA